AUGGAACAUAUUCCUGGAAUUUUUGUAGUAGAUAAAGUUCUCUCCAAAACUCAGCAGAAACUGUCAGCUACGAACAGAGUGAAUGAUGCUUUAAACCCCUUGUGUCUUCCCAGGUGGUAUCAUUAUAACCUUACUCGACAUGCAGCAGAAGCCCUGCUUCUUUCCAAUGGGAAGGAUGGAAGCUAUCUCUUGAGGAAGAGUAACGAAAGAGAAGAUUUGUAUUCCCUCUCUGUAAGGGGAAAGGAUUCUGUGAAACAUUUUCACGUUGAGUAUACAGGAACCUCACUCAAAUUUGGAUUUAAUGAAUUUUCCAGCUUGAAGGAAUUAGUCAUGCAUUUUGCAAAUCAACCUUUAAUUGGAAGUGAAACAGGAACCUUAAUUGUAUUGAAGCAUCCCUAUCCACAUGAAGUGGAGGAGCCAUCUAUUUAUGAGUCUGUCCGAGUUCACACAGCAAUGCAGACAGGAAGGACAGAAAAUGAUCUUGUUCCAAAUGCUCCCUCACUUGGUACUAAAGAAGGAUAUUUGAUAAAACAAGGCAAAAUCGUCAAGAACUGGAAGACAAGGUGGUUUACACUGCAUAGGAAUGAACUUAAGUAUUUCAAAGACCAGACAGCCACAGAACCAAUUCGGGCACUUGACUUAACUGAAUGCUCAGCAGUGCAGUUUGACUAUUCUCAAGAAAGAGUCAACUGUUUCUGCUUAGUGUUCCCACUAAGAACAUACUACCUGUGUGCAAAAACUGGAAUAGAAGCAGAUGAGUGGAUUAAAAUACUGCGAUGGAAACUGUCACAAAUACGGAAACAAGUGGAGCAGCGCAGUGCCUCCAGUUCCCAGUUGCACCCCUAAUCCUUCUACUCCAUGGACAGGAAUUGCCUCUCAACCACAGGGAAGGCAUCUGACCACAGGAAGACAGUUCCACGUCUCCAUUACUUGCCCACACGCAGAGAUUUGCAUCCAGCUCUGCAUACAGAGGAUCUGUACAGCUGACUGACUGCUUUCAGGCUGCUGAGUCGUGUGUGGAGACCAUUGCAAAAUCACAGCGUCAGUUUGAUGUGUGUGGUUUAUGUCUUCAAGGCUCAGUCAUUCAGGCACCCAUUAACUAAUCACAGAAGUAGUCACUUCAAAACUUCUGUGGUUAUCCAGAGCCAUCUUGAGAACUUACUGCACGCUCCAUCACAGCUACCGUUAGCAGCACAGACUGUAACACUCAGCCUGUUAUUUAAAAUGAGGCCUUUCUGGAAACAUUAAAUAUUACUUUUGUGUGGCCUGUUGGGAUCUAAGCCAAAAGAAGAAUGACAGAGCCAAUUACAUUUUUGUAAAUAGUAUCUACAUUAACACCUGCAGAAUUAAACCUAGUAUUUCAAGACUCUUUUGAAGGUGAUGAAUGAGUAAUAGUUCUGGUCAAGCAUAUUUUUGUCCAUUUUAGAUUUAUACCACUGUUAUGGCUUUGAAUGAACAUUUAUUUUAAAUGGCAUGUACAGGAUAUGGUAAGCAGUGACAGAAAUGCACGCUUGUUUACAAACCCAGGCUAUGAAAAACAGGCAGCUAAUUCUAAGCACGUGUGUGUGCUGCUACAGGACCCUGAGGAUGGAUGACAGAGCUCUGCAGAAGGCUUUGCUGGUGGCAGCCACCAACAUUUUAGCAGCACUGAGUUGGACCCCAUAUGCACCCCUUUGAAAAUGAGCUGGAUUUUGUAUUUUUUUUUCCUAUCAAGCAGAUAACUUGGUUUAUAAAACAAGAAGUUUUAUCCACAACUGCAUUCAAGAAUGAAGCACUGAACAAGAAGAGCAACAGGAAAGCACAAUAUACACUAAAAACAUACACAUAUGCGUUUGUGUGUUUGAAAGAGUAUAUCUUCUACAUAAUGGAUGAACAUUUCCAUAUGCAUUUUGGAAGACUCAAGCACACCUAAGUGUUGUGGCUCACCAGAGUUCAGAAGCAGAAGCCUUGUGUUUUGGUGCUAUAAUGAAAAAAAAGAGGUGUUAUGUUUUGAAAGCAAGUUUUAACACUGGAGGGUCUCAAGGCCAGCCCGGUCUGAUCUCCCAUCUGACCUGCUCCUCUGGGAGAGGUGGGGUGAGCAGGGAGAUCCCUCUCUCUGUAAUGGUCACAUUUUUGAUGAACUGCUGCAUGCAUGCAAACCUUUUCCCUGGACAAUGUGCAGCAGCAGCUCAGUGUUCAGUAGAUGCCUUUACUGUGAGAAAGAUGAAGAGAAAAAGGGGAAGAAACAUACUAGAAGAACAUACUAGAAGGAAAAUCCAGCUUUGGACAGGAAUAGCAUUUUAUUUCAACUUACACAUUCAAAACAUUUGUAAAUAUUUUUAUACACUGUUUUCUGAAUAAAAAGUCAUUAUAAAACUACCAAAGCUCUUCUG